AUGUCAUGGUUUAUCGAUAGUGAAAUUAUAAUAGCUAAGAAUAAUAGCAAUGAAAUUAUUCUAGAACAACCUUAUAAACAUUCCAAAUAUUUUUCAACAUUAGUGUAUGAUUUAUUCGGUUUUUGGACAGAAAAAAAUCAUUUAGUGGAUACAAGAAUUAUACAUGAAACAUCAUUUCGACGAAAAAAUUUACAUAAUAGUCCUAUACACGCAUCUUAUAUACAAUUAUACCCAGAUACAAUAGAAAUCAUAAAUCAGCAUAAAUAUACGGAUCCUAAUAGAGAUUCAUUAACUAAAAAUAGUCACUAUACUCUUUUAACGCUGAUGGAGUAUGUCAAUGCUUCGUUAAAAUGGAAAUUAACUAAUGGUUGGGGUCACCUUGUAAAUGGGACAUGGACAGGAAUUGUAGGAAAUUUAGAACGUGGUGUAGACGAUGUUUCAGGAAAUGGGCUAGUAAUAAAUCCGUCAAGAAUUACAGCAAGUAAAUAUUUAACAAGAAAUUCAAAAACUGCAUUGGUUUUUGUUUUCCGGAAACCACCACUAUCAUAUACCAAAAAUAUAUUUCGAUUAUCAUUUCAAAAGAACGUUUGGAUUUCUAUUGGUGGAUUAUGUAUUAUUUCCAGCCUUAUCUUAUACUUUACUAUCUAUUUUGAAAUGAAACAUCUAAAUGAAAUUACAACUGAAAAGGAAACGUAUAGUGUACCGCAUUUACAACUGAAACCAGCAGAAAUAGUUUUGUUCUUACUAGGCGGAUUAUGUCAACAAGGAACUGAGAGCGAACCUCGUCAAUCAACAGGACGAAUAGUGGCCAUAUUUUUAUAUUUAUCAUUGAUGUUCUUUUAUGUUUCUUACUCUGCAAAUAUCGUUGUACUCUUACAAUCAGCAUCUAAUGAUAUUAAAACUCUUGAAGAUUUAAGAUUUGCCCGGAUAAAAGUCGGAUCGUUAGACGUUGAAUAUGUUAAAGCACUCAAGACUCUAUCAGCAACUUUUACAGCCGUGUCAAAGAAAUCACCUUACAUAGAACCCUUCAAAGUAGGAUUAAUGAAAAUUGAAGAAAAUGGUAUACAACAAAGAUUUUAUAAAAUAUUCUAUUCUGAAAAACCAAAAUGUGACAAUGCUGGUGCGAAUUUUGUUAUGGUUGGACUAACUGAAGUUUAUUUCGCAUUUCUUGUUUGGAUAAUUGGAAUAUCAAUUAGUGGAGGAAUUUUCAUGGUUGAAAUAAUUUAUUUUAAAUGUCACAGAACUGGCAGUAUUCACUUAAAAUAA